AAAUACUUAGAAUUUACUUCAGAUGCCCUGCUCUGAUACCUAAGAAAAUUGAAGGCACAGACACAGAAAUACUCCUUUCAUGAUUUUUUUCAGAAAGCUGCUUGGCAGAUUGGAAAGAUGACAGGCAACACAACUGUGCACUGCAAUGACUCAAUGACGAAAGAAAUGCAUUUGAUUCUGAUUGGGAUAUCUGUACCAAUCUUUUUCCUGGGAUUAACAUUUAAUGCAAUGACCCUGUGGGCAUUCUGCUGCAAAUUCAGGAAAUGGACAGAGACUAUUAUUUUUGUGACAAACCCGGCUGUUUCAGACAGUAUCCUGCUCCUGAUUUUACCCUUCAAGAUGUACAGCUACAGGACUACUUGGAACCUCAGAUCAAGCUACUGCACAGUUCUCGAAUGCCUGUACUUUGUGAACAUGUAUGUGAGCAUCUACAUCAUUGUCUGUAUAACUGUAGAUCGAUACAUUGCAAUAAAGUACCCAUUUAAGGCAAAGUACUUAAGGUCACCAAAGAAGGCCACAUUUGCAUGUGGUGCAGCUUGGACUUUAAUCUGUUCACUUUCAGUUUUCCUCAAAAUAAACUUUAACAACGCAACUGGCAACAAUAAAUUUUGUUUUCAGAAAACCACCGCACAGCCAACAAAAACUUGGAUCAUCAUUUCCAUUGAACUAUUUGGAUUUGUAAUACCUUUCCUCAUUUUGAGCUUUUGUUCAUUUCAGAUCAUCGUGACUCUCUGCAAUAAAAGUGCAGAAUCCCAGGGAAACUACGUUUUCGGACGAAGCAUAAAAAUUGUCAUCACUAAUCUAAUCAUCUUUUUUAUUUGCUUCAUGCCUUUUCAUGCAGGAUUAUUGCAUGAGUUUCUGCAGGAGAUGUCACACCAAGAUUGCAAAUUGCUGAAUAAUGUGCGCCUGUUUAUGAGUGUGGCCUCGACUAUAGCUAGUAUAAACUGCUGCCUGGAUGGAAUCAUUUAUUAUUUUGCUUCCAUAGAAACUCGUGAAUUUUUAAAUCAAACUAAAAAGGAAGUAAACAAUGUAAACGCUUAUACCAUAUCUUUUCAGAAGACCCAAGAUGCUUGGCAGUCAGGCAUUCAGUAGCUCAUGAUGACUAAAAUAUUCAUUGCAACAGACGAACAGCAUUAGAUCAUUGUCUCUGGAACCCUGUUCCAUCAUUCCAUCAGACUAUGGCUUAUCUGUAUCUUUUUUCCAUCUACUCAACUUUAUUCCACAAGCCUAACACCUCCAUCGAAAAACAAAUCUAAAAAAAUGUCUAAUUCAUUCUCCUGCUGAAUCUCAAACAAUUACGUUUGAUUUCUUCUCAAGAAUAAAACUGGAGCUAAUUACUAUAAUAACAAAUGUAUAUUGUUAAUUCCACAUCAUUAUAAGAUACAUCAAAGUUAUUUAAAGGUAAAAUACUUAUGUUAAGCAUAUUUUGACAUCACAUGGUGUAAUGGGUUUUCAUCCUAAGAGUUAUGAACAGAAAGUAGCUAAAAGUGGGUAGACAUACAAACCCAUUUAAAAACAUGUAAACUGCUGUCUUUUUAUUCCAAAACACAAUGCCAAAAUACAAUAAAUAUAAAAUGAAACAAAAUGAAACAACUGAUGAAACUGAUCUUUCAGGUCAAAACUGCUCCUGUUUUUUGUUGAAUAGUCAACUGUUUAAACAACAAGAAAAUCCAAGAAAUAAGAAGGAUGUGAGAUUUUAAUUUACCUCCUAUGAUUCUGGUUGCUCGUGCAGUCACAACCUGGGAUGCUUCUUUCAGAACAGAUUAUUUUCAAUGCAUAAGGUAGAAGUUUCUACCGUAGCCAUUUCUGAUUGAAUUUCCAGUAAUGAUGGUGUGUUUUCACAAGAAUGACAGCUAUAAACUUUAAUAUGUUGAAACCUACAUGCUAGCGAGUGUAGUAUGUUGGUGCAAUGCAUAAUUAUCAUCAAAAUUGAAACUGAAAAACAUUAGGAGGAUGUUUUGAAUAUUUCAUGUUCAUCUAGGGAUAACAUCAAUAAAGACAUGAUAUUAGCCAUUAUGUGGCAUAGGCCACAAACAAUAACUGUUGCAAUAGUUUACAUAAAAUUUAUUUGUUGCUUUAAACACAUAGGUGAUGGUGGAUGUGUAGUAAUGGUGCUGGAAUUCCUUUAUUUUCAGUCUAUUUCUGGCACAUAAUUUUAUUUUAUCAUUAAUCUUGUAUGGGAUGUGGGCAUUGCUGGUUAGGCCAAGAUUUGUUAACCAUCCUUUGUUGACCUUGAGAAGGUAAUAGGAGCUGCCUUCAUGAAAUGUUGCAAUCCAUGUGUACACCCACAGAGUU